AUGAGUGAACGUAGGGUUCCUUUCGAUGCCAGGCGUCGGGGACGUUCGGCGCCCAUUGCCAGCCGCCUCUCUCUGCCGGGAGCAGGAGUGGCAGAGGCCUUCGUCCAGUUCGAGCAGCCGACGGUGGAGCCGGGCAUGGCGACAGUCGCCUUGGAUCCCGCGGAAAGCGCCACAGCCGCAGGGAGUUGCCUGUGCAACACAUCCGCCGGCAUGUCUGCCCAGCAAGCCACAGCGAAAGACAACAACCAAUUUGCUGUUGGGGCCCUUCUGGACGAGGACACCAACUUGCUAUUGCAGUAUGGACUUCGAGACAAACUUCGGGUCCCCCCGGCGGCCGAGUCGCUUGAAAAGUAUCCCUGGCGACGUGGGCGGCGGCAUGGGCGGCAUGGCAAGAAACGCCGUCAUGCAGGCUACUACAGCCAAGAGGAUAAAUGCGGCUACCCCAUCCUCACGAAGCAGAGCUACCAUGCGCGCCUCUUCUCCUACGUGGGUGGAACUUCGGCGACGGUGGAGAAGAUCACCGGACUGCUCUCCUUCGAGCCAGCGACGGACCGAAGGUUUACGGAGGCGAUCCUGUCAGGCCUCAGCAACGGAGCUGCCAAUUUCAGCGACCGGCGAAUGCUUUGUGUGUGGAGCAGCAAACGGAUGCUCACAUGCACUGACCACCACGAUGGCAGCGGCGAUGUUUCUCAGAGCACUGCAGCCCUUGCGUAUGCUGUGGCAGAAAUCAUAGCUGUUGUCCAGCAAAACACCACACUCAAUGCAUCACUCGAGGUCUCUGAAAUUGAGGACCUGAGAGAGGUGUUUGGUCUCCUGCAGGAGAAGGGUGACUUCACAAGCUUCUUGACAGUGUCGCACUUCAUGCCUAAAUCUUGCGUACCGGCAGGUUUCGAGUUCUCGCCACCCGGCCGCGGGUCCCUGCGAGACGAUUUGAACUUCGAUGAUGCCGUUGCCCGGGUUGAAGUCGGCUACGCUGGUGUCUGCAAUGAAUGGGCUGCCUCUGCACAGUGGUUUCCCAGCCUCGUGGGCCAGACCUUCGAUGUCCACUUCACCCUGUUCUAUCGUUGGCUGGACCUCAAAGCGCCCAGUGCAACCGGUGUGGUGAACAUCACUGGCAUCCUCAACUUUACGGAGCAGGUGAACUACGAAAACCAACCGGAUAGCAACGGACGGUUCGUGCUGGCAACUUAUUCUCAGUUGGUGGCUUCCCCAGCAAUUCUGACCAUGCCAUCGACAUUCAGCGAGGUAUGUGCUGUCUCGUCUGACAAGAUGUCUCUGGUUUGUUCCAGGGCUGUGGAGGCAUUGGAGUAUAGUGAGGACACGGGCGACGUCAGCGUAGACACAGUUGCCCGUGCUUACACUAGGAUCCAAACAGCCUUGGCCAGCGGCAAUGGUAGCGCCGGAUUCUCUACUCCUAAUACAAUUUCCGUGAAGACGGAGACUGACUCAUUGAAAGUUGCAGUGGCCUCGGCAAGCGCUGCUGCCGGCUCCUUUGUCGUGGCACCAACACCUGACGAGGCAGAAGUUGGAGCCGAUGCUCUCGCGGAGGCUCUCGAUGAAUUUCUCGACUCCGGUACCGAGGCCAUCGCCGAGGCUGUAGCGGAAGGUCGUGUAAUGGCCAGAUCUUUGAGGGUCUCUGCAGACACAAGUCGACGCUUCACGGAACUGAUGCACUUGGACCGCUUUGAUUGCCCGAACUACCACAAAGACGAAGGAUGCACUCCAUGGCAGAUCCAGUUUGCAAACCCAGGCCGAGGAUCCUUCUUGGGUUCGCCUGUGGCUUCUACAACCGAAACGGCCUUAGAUGCAGUCUCCGUUGGCAGUGCCACAAGGCAGGGCUUUCAGCCUGUUGAGACAGAGGCAGCAAGCUGCGCGUUGCCCCCUUCCUGCAGCUGCGCCUCCGGGGCCUACCCCAGCUUUGCGCUGGCAGGGGAGCUCACCGUCACCCUGGCACGAUUCAGCCGCCUAGAGAUUCCGGAAGCGCUGCCGGCAUCCUCAGAGGUGGAGACGCUGGAUGCCAGAGUGCUUGGCCAGUUCAACGAACAAGGACUUCUCGACAACACUGGUCGGUUUGUAUACAUGGAGCUGGCAGGGGGAGAUGAGGCCAAGGUAUCGCUGGCUGUCUGCGCAUAUGCAGAAGCAGGCAACACUUCGUUAGUAUGCGCGAGGACGAGCUUGCUCUCCCUGGUGGCCACCGCGCAAGCACAAGUGGACCUUGCCGCUGAGGUCUUCGUGGAUUCACAGGGUUCCGGGCGCAGCACGAGCGUCGCCCAAGCCUUGGCCAGCGCAAUCGCAGCGAGCACCCUCCUCUUGGACAGCAACGCGGAGUUCACAAUGGAGCUGUCUGUUUCGAGCUGCGCGCCGAGCACUUGCGUGGUGCAGGAAGUGCAAUUCCUCCCCGCCGGCCGUGGCACACUGUUGGACUACAUUCAGACGGACAUGUUCGGCCCCAAUGAGACUGUCGGUGUUGCAGAAGCCGCCUCGGGGACAUUCGGCGCCAAUGCCAGCCGACUCUCUCUGCCGGGAGCCGGAGUGGCAGAGGCGCGACUUGUGAGUUUUAGGGUUGAGGAGUUGAGGGUUUAG